AUGGAUAUGUCCCCGACUGAUGUUGCCAGAGCCAUUAAUUUAAUCCAGGAUGGACGGUCACAGUAUUACGUGGCAAGUGUUUUAAACGCCACAAGAAGUAAAGUACAAAGGGCAACAUCAGUCGGAGACAUUUUUAAAACUUGGUGUCCAGAUAGGACAAUCACCCAAAGCAGAAAAUACAUAGCGGGAUCGUUGGGGCAAAAAUUUGCUGAACCAGUCAUCCUAAAUUUGGAAAUAUUGUAUGGGGAAUCAAGGGCAACAACCCCUAUAGUUUGCUUUUUGAGUCUGGGUUCUGAUCCGACAACUGCCAUAGAACAGACCUCGAAAAAAUUGGAGACAAAGGUUAAAGCAAUCUCCAUGGGUCAAGGACAGGAAGUACACGCUAGGAAGCUUUUGGCGCAGGCUCAAGCCGAAGGAUUUUGGGCGCUUUUACAAAACUGUCAUUUAUCCCUGGAUUACAUGGAUGAAGUUCUGCUGCAAUGUUUAGAUUUUGAGAAAGGUAUUGGAGAUUUUAGUCCAGACUAUAGGCUUUGGAUAACUACUGAAGAACACGAUAAAUUCCCAAUUAGUUUGCUCCAGUUGUGUAUCAAAUUUACCAACGAAGCACCAUCAGGUAUAAGAGCAGGAUUGCUUCGCACUUACUCUUCAAUGAAUCAAGACAUGUUGGACUAUUCUGACGCAUGGCAGUACAUACCUAUAGUCUAUGCCAUAUCCUUUAUGCACACCGUGGUGCAAGAAAGGAGGAAAUUCGGACCGCUCGGUUGGAAUAUACCAUAUGAAUUUAAUUCGGCCGACUGGUUGUCCAGUUGCUUGUUUUUGCAGAACCAUUUGGAUGAUUUGGACCCAAAACGAGGUGUUAGCUGGAUUACUCUAAGGUAUAUGUUAGGUGAAGUGCAUUAUGGAGGAAGAGUAACCGAUGAUUUCGAUAAAAAACUCCUAAACACCUUCUGUAAGGUCUGGUUCUCUGACUUGGUUUUCCACGAAGAUUUUCUGUUUUACAAAGGGUAUAAAAUUCUUAAAUACAAGAACGUUACUGAGUACAUAGACCAAGUGAACACAUUUUCACCUGUGGACCCCCCUCAAGCCUAUGGACUGCAUUCGAAUGCGGACAUAACGUACCAAACCAACAGCACCAUACAAAUGUUUGAUCAAAUGUUGGCCAUACAGCCCAAAGAAACCGCGGCUGCAGGUGGUGAAACUAGAGAAGAAGCUGUUAUAAGGCAAACAAUGGAAAUGCAGGCAAAAUUACCUAAAAAUUAUGAUCCUUUUGAAGUGAAAGAGAGAUUACGAAUAAUGAACCAUUUAAACCCCUUGAACAUUUGCCUGCGGCAAGAAAUAGAUAGAAUGCAGAAAGUCAUAACAAUCGUAAGAGUUACGUUAAGCGAUCUUCUUCUAGCAAUUGAUGGCAUCAUUAUAAUGAACGAGACUCUGAGGGAUGCAAUGGAUAAUAUUUACGACGCUAAAGUUCCUACAUCGUGGAAACGCGGCUCAUGGGAAGCAAGUACUCUAGGUUUUUGGUACUCCGAAUUAACUGACAGGGAUGACCAAUUUAGGACCUGGUGUUUUGGCGGUAGACCUACCACUUUCUGGAUGGCAGGAUUCUUUAACCCUCAAGGUUUUCUAACUGCCAUGAAGCAGGAAGUGGCUAGAGCACAUAAAGGUUGGGCUCUAGAUGCAGUAACAUUACACAAUGAAGUUACCAAAAAUAGCAAAGAAGAAAUAAACUCGGCACCCCCAGAAGGUGUUAUGGUCUACGGUCUAUACAUAGAUGGCGCUGGAUGGGAUAAACGUCACGUGAGACUUAGCGAAUCAAUAAAUAAAGUGCUGUACACACUUUUCCCUGUGGUGCAUAUUUUUGCCAUUUACUCCACAGCGCAAAAAUCAUCAAGUCUCUAUUUUUGUCCUGUAUACAAAAAAUCCCGAAGAACAGACCUAAAUUAUAUUACCACACUUUAUUUGGACACCGCAAAACCGCCUUCGCAUUGGUGCUUAAGAGGAGUCGCGCUUUUAUGCGACACGCAGUAA